AUGGCCGGUACUUCAUUUAUGAUCACAAUUGUUCUAUUCGUCACAAUUGUCGGGCUUAAUAGCGAAACCUCCACAUGGGACGGCUACGAUGUAAUUCGGGAAAUUUCACCUACAAACUUCACUCAGUCACUCACAAGAAUUGUGGCUGGAAUCAAAACCGUCGAUCGGACUAUUAAACUUAAAAAUGCAUUGACCCACGAAAUAAUUUCUAUUGAUCAUUCAAUUACAACCACAAACAAUGGCGUCGCAACCUUAGAUCGUACUUUGGAAAAAUUUUAUCCUGGAGGUAAUCUCAAGUUGCAUGAUCAUUUCUUCAAUUCUUCAAAAGGCGACACAGUAAUCACUGGUAACAAUCAAACCAUCUGGUAUCAACUACUACGAAGUUACUCGACAGAACAACCGCGAUCUGACAAUCCAUAUUUACCGCGAUUACGUACAAUUGAAUGGUGA